CAGCUGCUACUUCCUGGAGAUAGAAAGGCUUGCCUUAGAACAAUCAGAGAGACAGAAAAGGAUUGCAUCUCGUUGAAAGAACAAGGAAAACAGGCAUCCAGAAUAUAGGCCGAGAAGACAUGUCUGGGUUUAAAAUCAACACAGUCUUAGUGACUGGAUCAAACAGGGGGAUUGGAUUUGAAUUUGUGCAGCAGUUUCUGAACAGCAAUAAUCCUCCACAAAAAAUCUUUGCUACAUGUCGUGACCCAGAGGGUGCAAAGAGUGAGGAAUUGAGAAAAUUGUCUGGAAAACAUCCAAGCGUCAUCAUAAUUCCGCUUGAUACCACAAACUCUGACAACGUUAAUGCUUGUGUGAAGGAGGUAGAGAAGCAUUUAAACGGGCAACACCUGGAUCUUUUAAUUAACAAUGCAGGUGUUCUCCACCCACACACCCUCGAAACCCAAACCGCAGAGGACAUGCUUGAGGUCUACAACAUUAAUGUGGUCGGUCCUAUGCUUGUGGCUCAGGCAUGCCAUCCUCUACUAAAACGAUCUGGAGCAGAAUCGAAAGAAAAAUCUGCCAUUGUUUAUAUCUCAGCUCUCCUUGGCUCCCUUGAAGACCUUCCACAGUUGUUUUCACAUUUCCCCGUUAUUUCGUAUCGAUGCAGCAAGGUUGCCUUAAACAUGCUCUCACGAUGUCAAGCAGUAGGAUACAAAGAAGAUGGAAUUAUCACCAUUGCUAUACACCCUGGUUGGGUGCAGACAGAUAUGGGAGGAAAUCAGGCACCACUGACAAAAGAAAAUAGUGUUGGUGGAAUGAUGAAGGUCAUUUCUUCCUUGAACGUAACACAAAGUGGCACAUUUGUUGAUUGGGAAGGAAAUACUUUGCCAUGGUAAACAGCUGGACAUGCAGUCAGUGCAUUAAAUCAGUCUGUGUACAAAAAUCUGAAUUCUCUAUGAAUUACAUGGUAAUAAAAUUUAGAUUUGUUCAA